AUGAGACGAACAUAUAGGUCUAAGAAAGACACCGGUGGUGUUAUAGACCGCAGAGAUUUAUUGCUAAACUUGGAUGAAAAGAGUUCGGCUUACAAUGCUUUUUUCAUUCAAAAUAUAAAACAAACUAAGCGAGAAUUAUCUUGUAUUGGAUCAUCGAAUGCUCACGGUAUUGCUUCUAACCGUGUACGUAAGAAGAAAUAUGUGAAGAGGAUAGUAAAAGAGGCUGAAACGCCCUCUCGAGUCAGCUUGUCGCGUUCGGCUUAUUUGACCCCUGACAAGUCUAUUCGCGUAAAUAAACCAAUGGAUCCUUUUGAUAUGCUGUUGAAUUCAUCCCCCGCCUGCCUGGUUAACAUUCAAGAACCUAAGACUGAGUCUGUGACUAGUAAAGUGGAUGCUUUUGAUAACCUUCUGCCGAAAAAAGAGGGACGAACUUAUAUAAGACGAAAAACUGCAAAACCAAAAAAAGUGAACUAUUCAAGUAGUGAAAGCAGUGAUUCUGAUAAAGAAAACUCGGAGGAAGUCACAAACAUCACUAAAAACACAUCAGACAUCAAAGCAUAUAAACUACUAAUAGAAAAUGAUGACAACAAAACACCAAGAAGAAUAAACGACUCAAUUAAUAACAUAGUGAAUAAUUUAUCUCUGAUAAACAGAUUAAAAAAUAAAAGUAGCUUUAAUGACUCUGCAAAAAGGCCAUAUAACAAGCACAGACUGACUAGGAAUAUACAAUCUCCAAUACUUAACUCUCCACUAUGCAGUACACCAUUCAAAAUGAAAUAUAGAGGUGAAUCUAUUUUUAAAUUCUCACCUAUAACUGAUAUGAAGGAUGAUAAUAGUCCAAAAUACACGACUAUAACUGAUGAUAAUGAUAACAGUAAUAAUAGCAUAGUAUUCUUAAGUAACAAUAAAACAAAUGGUCCAAGAAAGACUAUAGAAACUGUUCCUGCCUUUGAAGACCCCAAUGAGAGAGUACUAUCUAUGGAUAAUAAUGAAGAAAAACUUGAAAAUAACCCUGUCAUUGAAGAAGACCAUAAGGAUAAUACGGAGGAGGAAGUAGAUAAUAUUGAAUUAGUUAGCAAUGAUAAAACUAUACCUAGUAUUGAAAUUAGUUCCUUUCAGACCACUGAGGCAGAACCAUUUUUUGGUUUUAGUAAUAAUGAUGUCAAAGAGAUACUAGAACUUAAAUCUAAUUUAGAAACCCUAGCAGAUGAUACUAUACCUAUGUAUAAUACUAAUGAAGAAGUUAGUGAUUCUGAAAGCAAUGCUGAGGAUAAUGUAAGUUGUGUAAAAGUUAAGAGUGAUGAUGAUAGUAAUUCAUCAUCAGAUUCCAAUAGUGAUGACAAGGAUUCUCUAUAUGAUACUUGUACAAGUGAUCAAAGUUCAGCUGAUGAAAAGGUAAUAGUCAAAGAACCUAUUGUUAGAAUUCAAAGAAUGAAUGACUCCUCUUUUCUGAGGUUUUAUGAGAAGAUGAAUAAUUAUAGCUCUGAGAGUGAUGAUAAUGAUAAUAAUGAUGAUUCUAAACAAUUAAGUGAUGAAAAUGAAAACAGUUACAAUGAUCAAAUUAGUCUUAAUGAUGCAGAAAUAUCACAAGAAGAGUUUAAUAGCUUUGAAACAAAUGACAAAACCGAUGAAAGCAGUUUUGAAAAAACAAAUAGUGAUAAUAAUUUAUUAGAAAAUGAAGCCAGUGAAUCUGUUGAAUCUGAUAUGGAGUACACAAGUAGACAAUGUAAAAGUGAUGUAAUUAAUGAAAUAGCUAAUGAUAAUAAUGAGGUAUCUAACAAGGAGUUGGAAGCUACAGAGGUUUUACCAAUUAGUGAAGACAAACCAGAUAGCAGAAUCUCAUUUGUUACUACUAGGAACAGCAAUAUUACUGAUAGGAGAAGUUGCAGGCAAAGUAGGCAGAGCCCAAUAAUACCUACAAGACAUUCUGUAACUAUUCGUAAAAGUUCUAAAUUACCUACAGAAAGCUUAACACAUACUCCAGGAUCUUCACGAAAAACAUGCUUUGAUAAACCAGCUAUUGUCCUCCAGCCAGGCAAGAAAUGGGAAAGAUCGUUAAGUAUUUACAGAAGAAUUACUAUGAUGACUGAUCAUUUUGAUCAAUCCAUCUUAGAAGAUGAGCCUAUAGAGAAAAAAGGCAGAAAAUACAGACAAAGUGUAAUAUGCACGAUGGAAAUGCAGGAGUUGAAUGGUUCCCUACAUAAUGAAUCAAUCAAUAGUCGCAGAAGUACAUUUGUAUCAAAGCCGAGUCGAUCUACAAUCAGAAUUGUAAAAGAUUCUGAUAUUUCAAGACUUAGUUUAUGCAACACGACUGUAUUUGAUGACUUAAAAGGAUUUUUGAACGAGGAGUGUGAUGAUACUAUUAUCGAAUUAUCCAAACUCUCGAUCGCUGAUCAGUCGCACGAGGUCACUGUAUUAGACACCUUCCAUGAUACUUCGAGCCGUUUAGCUACACCAAGGGAUUACGUGUUGCGUCGAUGCGGCCAGGCGGACGCGAUACUAUUUGAUGAAUGCUAUCCGGACACGGUGUUGAAAAACUGCCACAAAAUCGGCGAAGGGGUGUACGGCGAAGUGUUUUUGUGGCGUGCCAGAGAUGGCCGUGCUCGCGUGCUGAAGAUAGUGCCAAUCGCCGGCACUCUCAAGGUCAAUGGGGAGAGUCAGAAGGACUUCCACGAAAUCAUAUCUGAGAUUGUGAUUGCUAUGGAAUUAAGCGCACUACGCGCUCCCAUAGCCGAAAUAAAUCGCCACUUUGAUGAAGGGAAGGACGUCGAGGCACUCAAUCUACACGCUAUAGAAAAUGCAACUGAUGUAUUCAAUGAGGUGCUAGCUGUGAAGUGCGUAUACGGCAGCUACCCAGCUCGCUUGCUCGACCUGUGGGACCUUUAUGACGAGUGCAAAGGCUCUGAGAACGACAACCCAGCCAUCCUACCAGCGGACCAGCAGUUCAUAGUGUUGGAACUAGCCAACGCCGGGCAAGACUUGGAGAGCUACCAGUUCAAUAACGCUGAGCAGGCGUAUGCUUUGUUCCUGCAGGUGGCGUAUGGUCUGGCAGUUGCCGAGGAAGCCUUCCAGUUUGAGCAUAGAGAUCUCCACUGGGGUAACGUGCUGAUCGCACCAACUGAUCAGAAGGUAAGAAUUACACAUAUGCCAUACAAUGUUACAAUAUACUGAGACCCAUCCGGGUGGCAACGGAAGGCUUCCUUACUAGAAGGGGUUUAAGCGAUUUCUUUCCUUUAAGUAUAUAAUUCGUUACAUAUUCGUAGUGCAAAGGCAU